CGCGAUAGUAUUUUUCGCCCGUGUGUUAACACUGCGGUUUGCAGCGAAUUCGCUCAUUUGAAAAAAAUAAAACAUGGCUGGAAGAGGUGGUUAUGAACACGCUAGAAGCGGAUUCGGCGGGGAUCGGGCAUCCAAGCAGUUGCCCACGGAACCGCCUUUCAUCGCAUUCGUCGGCAAUUUGCCGCAAGGCCUUGUGCAGGGCGAUGUGAUCAAAAUAUUCCAGGACUUUGAGGUGAAGUACGUGCGUCUGGUGAAGGACCGGGAAACGGAUCAGUUCAAAGGCUUCUGCUACGUGGAAUUCGAGACGCUGGACAAUCUGGAGCGGGCGCUAGAAUGCGAUGGUCGCAUCAAACUGGACGAUCUGUCGGCGCCGCUGAGAAUCGACAUUGCUGAUCGUAGAAAAAAUGAUCGCCCUGGUGGCGGUGUUGGCGGCGGCAACGGCGGCAUGACCCGCGGCGACGGCGGCAGAGACGGUUUCCAGAAGCGCGGCCCACCUCGCCAGGGCGGCAGCAGUCAGUCCUACAGCCGGGGAGGUCCUGGCACUGGCGGCGGCGGUCGGGAGGGCGGCGGCGGUUCGGGUAAUCGCGGCGAUAGUAGAGGUUCGUACAUUGAUAGUUAUGGUGGUCACACUGAUAGAAGUCGCGGCGUCGGCGGCAGCGGCGCGGGCUCCGGCGGUGGCAUGAAUAGAGGAUACAAUGAUCGGCCGGCAAAUCGUGGUCGGUACGGCAGUUUCAAUAACGACGAUCGACCAUUCGAUCGUAACCAGGAUCGGGAUCGCGGCCAGCGGGAAGGCAGCUAUGGCAACCAGUCGCGCGACGGCGAUCGCUACAACAACUUCAACCGUCACCGCGACCGCGAGCGCACCCACUACAAUCCCAACCAGCAGAGCGAACGUCCUAGUGGCGGCAUGACCGGCCUCGGCGGCGGCUCCGGCGGAUCAGGAGGCCUGGGCGUUGGCGGUGGUUCCUCAAUGGGCGCCAUUGACGACAAUGAGCGGCCACGUCUGCAGCUGAAGCCACGGACCAUUGCCGCGCCCAUUAACGCGGUGGCAGAGACCAAGCAAUCGGCCUCGAUCUUUGGCAACGCCAAGCCGCGCGAGGAGAAGCUGAAGGAGCUGCAGCAGAAUGUCAAUCACAACGGCGAUAACUAGAGGGCAGGAGUCGGUCCGCAAUACAAUAUAUGCCUGAUAUGAUAUUUUGGAGUGCGAGAACGAGGGAAUCCGAGAUAGAGGGAGAGAAGGCGAGGAGGAGAAGAGGAGGAAGCUGAAAUAGCAAGAGGAGGAGGAGGAGGAGGAGGAUGAUGAUGACAAGAAGGAGCAUCAGCAGCAUGCAUAUAUAAACACAUACAUUAAUUAAUAACACUACGCUACAUACCUAUUAUAUACGAACGAUAUGUACUACAUUACAAGAACGAAGAUGAAACAACAGGCUGGCCUCUGUGUCUCUGUGUCAGUGUCCAGUGUCAGUCAGCAAGCAACUUAACAAGCAACAAGCAACAAGCAACAUGCAACACGCAACAUCAGCAACAUCAGCAGCAAAGCCAAGCAGCAAUAAAGCAACUAAUCUAACCCUUUGCAACCAGAAAACAUCCGCAACAGCAAUGGAAAGUCUUUAAAUGUUAGUCCUUAAGCAGCGAUAAACUUUAGUCGCGUGCAUAUGGCCAAUAUAUAUAUAGUAUAUAUAUGCGGUUAUGUGCGCUUCAUGUACAGCAGCUGUAUGCACGCUGCUAUUUGUUAGUUAAGUGAUGCAUAUAAACCAACAAAACAAAAGUUCUACCAUUAAGGUAUAAAUAGUAAACAAAAAACCAUUAAAACAAAACAAAAAAACGAAAACAAUGCAAAACAAAAAAGAAAACAAAAGAAAAAACUCGAAAAACAAAGCAAAAAUCGAAAACAACAACUUUUUGACAAAACGUUCAGCGUAGCAGGCAGGCAAUUUAUACACUUUAUAUAGCAAAAAAAAAAAAAGGAAAAAAAAACAUAAAUAUAAUUAUUAAACAGACAUACCUUAUGAAAUUAAAACACCAACAGCAGAUCUUACAAAACAAAUCGCAGAGAAGCAGAACAUCCACUAAGUACGUAAAAUAAAACAAAAAAUGAAAAAAUAAAAAACCGGAGAAGUUAUCAUUGCAGAUUCACUAGAGAAAAACUUAUAUAGCUACCGAAAAGCAAUCAACUACAUAGGUCUUAUGUAGCUGAAGAUAGUGUUAAAAGUCAAAGCCGACCAAAUUAUUCAAAUUUUAUUUGGAUAUCCAUAUCCACCCAUUAUGCACUUCGCUUAUUUAGAUCAAUUUCAUUUACAACUAGCUUCGGUUCGAAUGUAUGUGCACAUUUACUUUUCUAACAUUUAAUUAUCGUGCACAUAGGAUCUGAUUUCUUUGUAGAUAACCUUGAUAUAAGACGACAAAAAUAAUAUGAAAAACAAUGUAUACAUUUUAUUGUUGUUUGUGUGUUUCAAUUAUUAUUUCCAUAAGUAGAGUUUUUCCUUAACGUCAUCCUCUUUGUUUCCUCACCAGUUUUUUUUUAAAAACAAUUUUUUUUGUACCUUGCAAGAGCUGAUUAAUCGCGAAAGUUGUACAUUAAUUUGAAAAUAAAGCGAAAACAAAUUAAAUAUGCGUGUACCGUA